AUGGACUCGCUGGAGGUCGCGCUGGAAGAGGGAAGGAAGAAGGUCCUCUACCACGAACUGCGACCAGGCCUUGAGGCACUGGAGGUCAUGCCAGAAGUACGGGAGCGAUACUUGAAGGAGUGCAAAGGCACCGACCUGUCCCUUGCGGCGCUGCGAGGGGACGAGGAACUGGUGGAAGCGUUGCUGAGCUCCGGCGCGGUGGAUACGGCCAACUUCUUGGGCGUGACAGCUUUGUACGAGGCCUCCAUGCGCGGCUUUGCCGGCAUCGUGCAACGCCUCGCCGCGGCGCGCGCCGACGUGAACGCCCGCGGCAACGACGGCACGACGGCGCUGCUCCAAGCGGCCUACGUGGCCUCGGUGGACGAGCAGCGCCGCGCGGCGUGCUGCGUGGUGGUGGCGCUGCUGCGGGAGCUGGGCGCCGAUGUGACCGUGAGGGAUGCCUGGGGGAAGACGGCGGCCAAGUAUUGCAGGGACAUCCCAGAACUGGAGAUCGCCCUCCAUGCCGAAGUCCUGGUGACGUGUCCCUACGAGGACUGUCGGCGCAUGUACCGGGUUCGCCGCUCGGACUACCGCUGCCGCAUCGUGCGCUGUGGCUUCGCGCUCUUUCGAGGCCGGGAGUAUCAGCUGCCGCCGCACGCGAGCCGCGCAAAAGUGCGGCGUUGGCUCACGGAGACGUGGGGAUGGGACGGUUGGCCGGGGGAGGUGGUGGGCUGCGGGCGGCCCUUCCGCUUCCCCGACGAGAGUGGCACCGGGUUGUUCUUGACCUGGUCGGAGGAAGUCACUGGGACGGCGCAUCCCAGCAGCGUGGAUGCGGAGGGUGACUAUUCCAUUGCAACCGACUUGAGGUCGGAUGAUGUUGAGGUCGGUGGAUAG